AUGUUUCCUUUUCCACCAGGCAAGCCAGUAGGAUAUGGAUACAGCAGUCGACGUUCUCAUCACAGAGGAAUAGUGGAUGAAUGCUGCUUUCAAAGCUGUGAUCUGAGGAGGCUAGAGAUGUACUGUGCUCCUGCCAAGCCAGCAAAGUCAGCGCGAUCUGUACGUGCUCAGCGUCACACUGACAUGCCAAAAGCCCAGAAGGUAAUUUAG